AUGAUUAAUGAGACAACUGACAUUUCAAACAAAGAACAGGUUGUCGUUGUAAUGAGAUGGGCAUCUGGUUCAUUAGAUGUUCUCGAAGAUUUUAUUGGUCUGUGUACUGUAGAUGAUACCAAAGCAUUAACUUUAUUUGAUGUUGUUAAAGAUACUCUUGUUCGCUGCAAUAUUUCCUUAGCUAAAUUAUGGGGCCAAUGCUAUGAUGGAGCAUCAGCAAUGUCAGGGUGCAAGAAUCGUUUGGCAAAAUUAAUUAUGAAUGAAGAACCACGUGCAAUUUAUACACAUUGCUAUGGUCACACUCAUAAUCUUGGUGUUGGAGAUUCUGUGAAAGGCUCACCUCUAAUGAAAAAUGCUCUUGAAGUAACCCAUGAGAUCACAAAGUUACUCAAAUACUCUCCAAGAGGAAAUGCUAUUGUUGAUAAUCUGAAAAAAGAGCUCUCACCUGACAGUAUAGGUAUUCGUGUACUUUGA